CCUGCGCGCGGCUCAUCGUCAUGGCGGCCCUCAGCAAGUCCAUCCCUCAUAACUGCUACGAGAUCGGCCACACUUGGCACCCGUCCUGCGGGGUCUCCUUCGUGCAGAUCACCAGGGGCGCCCUGGAGGAGUCCCUGAAGAUCUAUGCCCCCCUGUACUUGAUUGCAGCAAUUCUCCGGAAACGAAAAUUAGAUUAUUAUUUACACAGACUGCUCCCUGAGAUCCUACAAUCUGCUUCAUUUCUGACUGCUAAUGGGGCCUUGUUUAUGGCUUUCUUUUGCAUUUUAAGGAAGAUACUUGGAAAAUUCUACUCAUGGAGUCCUGGCUUUGGUGCCGCUUUGCCAGCUUCUUAUGUGGCCAUUCUAAUUGAGAGAAAAAGCAGGAGAGGGCUGCUCACAAUUUAUAUGGCCAACUUGGCCACAGAAACACUAUUUAGAAUGGGUGUAGCAAGAGGAGCCAUCACAACGUUAAGAAAUGGAGAAGUCCUUUUAUUCUGCAUCACAGCUGCCAUGUACAUAUUCUUUUUCAGGUGCAAAGAUGGUUUGAAAGGAUUUACAUUCUCUGCACUUAGGUUCAUUGUUGGGAAGGAAGAAAUUCCCACACAUUCUUGUUCACCAGAGGCGGCAUAUGCAAAAGUGGAACAAAAGACUGAGAAACAUGAGGAAAAACCAAGAGGAACGAAUAUAAUUGCUCUAGUCAGGAAGCUUGUGGAUUCAGUAUGUAAGCAUGGACCAAGGCAUAGAUGUUGCAAACACUAUGAGGAUAAUUGCAUCUCUUAUUGCAUUAAAGGUUUUAUCAGAAUGUUUAGCGUGGGAUACUUGAUCCAGUGCUGCCUCCGGAUUCCCUCUGCAUUUAGGCAUCUGUUUACACAGCCAUCCCGGCUACUUUCUCUCUUCUACAAUAAAGAAAACUUCCAGCUCGGAGCUUUUCUGGGCUCUUUUGUUAGUAUAUACAAGGGUACUAGUUGCUUCCUGCGCUGGGUCAGAAAUCUGGAUGAUGAACUGCAUGCCAUUAUAGCUGGAUUUUUGGCGGGAAUAUCAAUGAUGUUUUAUAAAAGCACAACAAUUUCCAUGUAUUUAGCUUCCAAAUUGGUAGAGACAGUGUAUUCCAAAGGCAUUGAAGCAGGAAAGGUUCCCUAUUUUCCCCAUGCAGACACUAUCAUCUAUUCCAUCUCUACGGCAAUUUGCUUCCAGGCAGCUGUCAUGGAAGUUCAGACCUUGCGACCAUCUUACUGGAAGUUCCUUUUAAGGCUCACCAAGGGCAGAUUUGCCGUCAUGAACCGAAAAGUCCUUGACGUUUUUGGUACUGGUGCAUCUAAACACUUGCAGGACUUCAUCCCUAAGUUGGAUCCAAGAUACACAAUUGUAACACCAGAGUUGCCCAUCGAGUUUUCUUGAAGAUGACUGUAACUUAUUAAUGUGACUUAAUGUUUCAUUAUUUUGUCCUAGAGAGUUAAUUAUGUUGAACACAAAGGAGGGGGCCCGAGUUUGAACGUCAGUGUUAUUUCAAUGAGAGACGACGCUCUUUUUUUUGUUUUUCUUACCAA